CUGGUGCCCGGUGUCGGAGGCUCCAUGCUGCACGCCGUUGACGAAUCCGAAGGAAGCCGAGAACGCGUCUGGGUUCGCUUCCUCAACGCCGAGUACACGCUCAAGACCAAGCUUUGGUCGCGUUACGAUCCUUCCACCGUAUUUGAUGCACGUGGAGCAAAAGCUACAAAUAGUAGUUUCUGAGUUUUAGUUUUACGCUGUUGACAUGAAACUGCCACUUGACUCAAGGAUUUGAUAUGCAAACAAACACCAGCUAAGUAAAAGAGCUUAUAGGAGUCACUUUCUAAAGCUUAACUAAAUACCUUCAAUUUUUAACUUAUGUGCUUAUAUGAUAAGUCCAAACCAGUUCUGAAGAAGCUAUUCUAAAUGGCCCCAAAUUGUAUUCUUGUGUCUUUAAUGCUCGUGCUGUCCAAGCUUCUGUUCCUGGCCUGUUUAUUUUCUUCACUGAAAUAAUUUGUGUUCUGUGCUGACGAGUGUGCUGUAAGAAACUGACUUUGGCGAUCUUAACCUACCUAAUAAUCUAUUUUGAAAACAGGAAAAACCGAGUCCAUGGAUCCAAAUUCAAGAAUUAUGGUUCCUGAAGAUAGGCAUGGACUCCAUGCAAUUGAUAUUUUGGACCCUGACUUGAUGUUGGGAAGUGAUUCUGUGUAUUAUUUCCAUGACAUGAUCGUUGAAAUGCGUAAGUGGGGGUUUGAAGAGGGAAAGACGCUUUUUGGUUUUGGAUAUGAUUUUCGCCAAAGCAACAGGUUGCAGGAAACAAUGGAUCGGUUGGCUGCAAAGUUAGAAUCAAUUUAUAAUGCUGCAGGAGGGAAGAAAAUAAACAUUAUAACUCAUUCUAUGGGCGGUCUUUUGGUGAAAUGUUUCAUGUGCCUGCAAAGCGAUAUUUUUGAGAAAUAUGUUAAGAAUUGGGUUGCAAUUUGUGCGCCAUUCCAGGGUGCACCAGGAACCAUCAAUUCUACCUUUUUAAAUGGAAUGUCAUUUGUGGAAGGAUGGGAACAAAACUUUUAUAUUUCCAAAUGGAGCAUGCACCAGUUGCUGAUUGAAUGCCCAUCAAUAUAUGAACUUAUGGGUUGUCCUAAUUCUCAUUGGAAACAUAUUCCUGCUCUGGAAUUGUGGCGUGAGAGACAUGAUUCUGAUGGGAAAUCACAUAUUGUUCUGGAGUCAUAUCCACCAUGUGAUAGCAUCAAGGUUUUGGAGCAAGCUCUUGUAAAUAACACAGUUAAUUAUAAUGGCGAGGAUUUGCCCCUGCCUUUCAACUUUGAGAUCCUGAAAUGGGCAAACAAAACAUGGGAGAUUCUGUCUUCUGCCAAACUUCCCUCGCAAGUUAAAUUUUACAACAUUUAUGGGACCAGUCUUGAGACACCUCAUAGUGUUUGCUUUGGAAGUGGGGACAAGCCUGUCACAGAUCUGCAACAGUUACGUUAUUUCCAGGCCAAAUACGUAUGUGUUGAUGGAGAUGGAACAGUUCCUAUAGAAUCAGCGAAGGCUGAUGGUCUCAAUGCGGAGGCAAGGGUUGGCGUGCCCGGUGAACAUCAGGGUAUUCUUCGCGAGCCUCACGUAUUUCGGCUUCUCAAGCACUGGCUGAAGGCUGGAGAACCCGAUCCCUUUUACAAUCCGGUCAAUGAUUAUGUGAUUCUACCUACUGCUUUUGAAAUGGAGAGGCAUAAAGAGAAGGGUGUAGAAGUAGCAUCCCUUAAAGAGGAAUGGGAAAUUAUUUCCAAAGUCCAAGAUGACCAAAGCAGCACAGCAGAUAAAGUGUGUUCCAUAUCAGUUUCACAAGAAGGAGCCAAUCAAUCUUAUUCUGAGGCUCAUGCUACUGUCAUUGUUCACCCAGACAGCGAGGGUAAACAACACGUUCAACUGAAUGCUUUGGCUGUUUCAGUUGAUGCCUCAUGAAUAACAUUCUGUUGAAGCCUUUCUGCGUGUUUGGAAAAAUGUUGGGUUCGACGUAACCCACCUUUUUUUCCAAUCCAGCUGUAUAUAACUGUUCCGUUUGCUGCUAUGGAACACGUGAACGGAGUUUGGAGCUGUGCAAACGGCAAACCAAACACUCACAUGUAUUGUUGAUUAUGGAUGACAUCUCUUGUAUAUAAUGAUAUUCGUUUGAUGUUGCUGUGCCAUAUCCCUCCCGAUUUAUGUAUGAUAUGUGAAGCGUAUGUAUCAGUUAUGAAAAUGAAUACCAUCGUUCUGAAAUUCUUGUAUAUAAUGAUAUUCGUUUGAUGUUGUUGUGGCA